CCACAAAUGGGUAAUGAAUAUCCUGUAUUUGAUGAAAAACAACCAAAGAAAUUAAGUGAGAGUGAGAUUGAAUCAUUUCGCAAUGAUUACAAUGAUUUAAUUUCACAACCAUAUAAUUUAGAAAAUACGAAAAGAUUUCAUGAUAAACAUAAAAAUAUAUUAUCAAGAUCUUCUUCAUAUUCAUCCUGGGUUUUUUCUGUCGUUGUUGAUGCUGAUUUGAAAUAUUUAGGGAUGGUUGGAGUCGCUGGGAAUUAUUUUUAUACCGAACAGAAACUUACUACUGUAAGGAUGCCUCGUCAAAAACAUACAACAAAAAAGAAACCUUCUCCUUACUCUAUCAAACAAAAAAAUAACUUUAAUACUUUACCAAACGAAUUAUUUCUUUUGAUAUUCUUAUUUCUGAUCCCAAACGAUAUCACCAAAUCCUCAAAAUUCAAGUUAAAUGAUCGGAGAUUCAUCGAUUUUCAAAAGACAAAAUUCGUGAAUCGGCAAUUUUUUUGGGCUUAUAGAUAUUAUUUUUCUCGAUAUGAAACAAAAUAUUGUCUGAUACAAAAGUAUAAUCAACUUUAUUAUCCACCCAAACGUUAUAAAUGGAAUAUUCGAUAUUGUAAUAUACACACUUGGAUUGAAGUUGAAGUCGAAGAAAACAAUCAAUCAAGGCAUAUACUUCGCUAUGAUCGCUAUGCUGAUUUUGGAAAGUUGUAUUGUAUGUCACAUGGUGAUGUUUUACUAUUUAUCGAAUCAAAUAAAGUUGAUGGUUACGGGAAAAAAACAUGUGAUAUUUGCAAAAGUUUUACAUAUUGUGCAAAAUGCUCCUAUGAAUUUCGAAGAGAUGAC